CCACGCCAACCGGACACCUAGCACGGAGAACUCACGCGCAGCGGACGAUGCUGUUGCACGCGGCGUACUUGGCGCACCUGGCGCACGUGAGCGUGGCGCACGGAUGGACGUCGCGCGUGCAGCGUAAUUAUAACUACAAUAACAACGUCCAGAACGCGUCCGCGCUGGAUGCGGACGAUCUGCUGCUGGAGGGGAACGGCUCGAGCCCGUUCGCGCUGGAUGAGAGCGCGCUCGCGGAUUGGCGCUCUCUGGCGCGCGGCAGGAAGCGCGAGGGCGCGGAGUCUCAGCACGCGGCCACGGUGAAGGCGCUGCUCGUGGUGGCUUAUAGCGUCAUCAUCAUCAUCUCGCUGUUCGGAAACACGCUCGUGUGCCACGUGGUGAUGAAAAACAAGCGCAUGCACUCCGCCACGAGCCUCUUCAUAGUGAACCUGGCCAUAGCGGACAUCCUGAUCACCCUGCUCAACACACCCUUCACACUGGUGCGUUUUGUUAACAGUACUUGGGUGUUCGGCAGAGGAAUGUGCCACAUUAGCCGCUUUGUGCAGUACUGCUCCCUUCAUGUGUCCACUCUGACGCUGACCGCUAUCGCGCUGGACAGGCGACAGGUCAUACUUCACCCUCUGAAGCCACGGAUGUGCACAGGCCAGGGUGUGGUGUGCAUCGUCUUCAUCUGGCUGAUGGCCACCUGCUUCUCGCUGCCUCACGCCAUCUUCCAGAAGCUGUUCACCUUUGUGUACAGUAAGGACAUCGUGCGCUCUUUAUGUGUGCCGGACUUUCCUGAGCCAUCUGAGCUGUACCGGCAGUAUCUGGACCUGGUGACCUUCAUCCUGCUCUACGUCCUGCCGCUCCUCAUCAUCACGGCGGCGUACUGGGCCGUGGCCCGGCGGCUCUGGCGCAGAAAUGCCAUUGGCGAUGUGACGAGCGAACAGUACUUCCUGCAGCGCAGGAAGAGGAAGCGGACCAUAAAGAUGCUGGUGCUGGUGGUGGUCGUGUUUGCGGUGUGCUGGUUCCCGCUAAACUGCUACGUUGUGCUGCUGUCCAGUCAGGCCAUCCAGUCCAACAACGCCAUCUACUUCACUUUCCACUGGCUGGCCAUGAGCUCCACCUGCUACAACCCCUUCAUCUACUGCUGGCUCAACCAGGGCUUCAGGGCCGAGCUCACCUACCUACUGAGCAUGUGCAGAAACAGGCGGGGCCGGGGGAGGGGCAGCAGCUGCCAAGGCGACAACCCAGAUCCUAUGGCUCCCCCUCGUGAUGGGAGUCACCGCGCAGCCUGGCCGGAAAGCCAAGCGUCCUCACAGCAGUCCAAUCCCAAAGAAAGCCAUGCCCUCCGGUCCACCUCGCUCGGCCAAUCAGGGAAGACUGAUAUUCUCUCGGUGGAGCCAAUCGUGGCAGUUAGCUGAUGCUUUGUUCCCAGAGCUGGUUUUGACGUGAAGCGCCUUGUUAAGCUGGCUGGUAAAAGGUUCAUUUAUACCUGUGAAGGCAUGAACCUGAUUGUGUAGCGACACAGAGAAAGGAUAAAUAGGAAGCUGCAGAUCUCACCUGCAGACCUCACCUGCAGACCUCACCUAUACAUCAAGCACCCACUGGUUGGUUGGGCAGUACAGUCUGUCCACUGGUGUUGGGGUUGAGACGAGACCCAGAAACAAAAUGGUAACACUUUGCUUGAACCUUGAACCUAUAACACUGACAUAACCAUGCCAUAAACAUCAGAUGGCAGAUAUCAUAUUAUAUGAUUGUGUGGUAACACUUUACUGUAAGGUGCUAUUCAUAAGGUUAUGACAUCAACAUAAGCUUGUAAAAUGAAAGCAGACAUAACCUCACAUAAAUGUUUAUGAAUGUUGAUUUCAAUAUAAAGCUUACUGUAACAUGCACUGUGAGGCAGGAGAAACAUUUAUGUUAUGUAUUAUGAAAGGGGGCUCACUGUCCCGCCUCCCCGUUACUGCCCUUGCUCCACAGCUCGGCCGCCCUGGUCAGGCGUAAGGUGUAGUCUAGUUGCCUUGCUGCGGAACAGAAGGUGGGGUCAGGGCAGCAGAGAUUUGGAAUCGCAUCCCACCUUCGUGCCUCUUGUGGCCGAUGUCCUCCUCCGCCAUCACUCACGUCCCUCGGCAGUGUUUGGGACUUGGGCCCCACCUUCCUGCCGGCUAUCACAGCCAUCAUCAGGGCUCGGGGUAUGGGUGCAUGCCACAGUUACAUUUGCCAGUUUUGAUCAAAGUUAGCUAAAGUAGCCUUGACAGAUGACACCUAAUGUAAUAAGCCUUUAUAAACAUUUAUGUAGGGUUAUGUCAGUCAUCAUGACAAGCUUAUGUAGGCAUCAUGUAGCCUUAUGAACAGCAAAGUACAAGAAAGUGUUCCAGGUAACGUUGAGUGAUAUAACAGAGGUACCAUUAUCACUACUUGUCAUAUCAAAUUCUACAGUCUGAUUGUGGAGAAGCAUCUGCCCGUGUUGUCUCUUGUGUUAACAGCACGUUUUUUCUCUUUCACAGUAACUGGAUUGUUAGGCUCAGUACUGGUUGCUAAGUAACGACUGCUUUCAGCUAAGCAAUAGUGAUGAAAUUAGCCAGAAACUUAUAUAAUACAAUUCAGCAAACAAGACGGGCUGUGAAAUGUUUUACAGACUGACUGGAACAAGAUGACUUUCAGGUUUAUCUGGCAAAUAUUUAAAUAUUGGAAAACAGUGCAGUGAAGUUGAUGCUUUAUUUAGCUGUGUAAUCAAUAUUUAUAGAUGAACUAUUUCUGUUGGGAAGCUGUUUUAACUGAGCUAAGUAUCCAAAGAUGACCCGAUUUAGCUGAACACACUUCACUCAGUCUUCAACAUUAGCAGUGUGGCGAGUAUUAUUGUUGACCAGUCCAUCCCUGCCAUAAACCCAUCCUUAAUAUCUCUAUACUAACACAUUUGCACACAUUUUCACAGCACACUAUAUGCCCAAAUGUUUGUAGACACCUGCUCAUCCAAUAUUUCCUUUGAAAUCAAGGGUAUUAGUAGGGAUUUUGUCCCCCUUUGCUGAAGUAACAGCAUCUACUCUUCGGGGGACAUUUCACACUUUGGAACAUGAAGAUUUGAUUGCACUCAGUCAAAAGAGCAUUAGUGAGGUUGGGUACUGAUGUUGGAUGAUUAUUCUAGACCAUAAACAUCACUCCAGCUCAUUCCAAAUGUGUGGAAUGGUGCUCCAUCACUCUAGAGAAUGUUGCAUUGUUCCCUGGCAUCCCAUUCUGUUGGCAGGUCUUUUCUAUGGUGAUUAUCUAAACUUGUCAGCAAUGGCACCUUUCACUAAUUAGGAGGAGCACUUGGAUUCUUUGUGACAUUUAGUGUGUGAACCAGCCUUACUUGCUUACUUACUCACUUGCUGUCUUGAAGAUUCUUCACAAAGGAGUGCUGUUAGCACUCAGUAGCUUCACUGAAAGGGAGGAGACCCACACCAGCAGGAUCUCACGAAUACCCUGCGUGCAUUUGAAGUAGAAGCCCACAAUACACCAAACAUAUGUAGGUGAACACAAGAUAGGGCUGUUGCAGUAUAUCAACAAUUCUGUACUGAGGUGGGAAGUUUGUUUGACCAGGGUAAUGAGACUUCAGUUUGGAUAUGGAGACAACCACAGGCAAAAAAAAACAAAUAAAAAAUGCCAUGGGAGAGUGA